GCGGGUCGCUUUGUUUUUGUUUUUUUUGUUUUAUUUUUUUCUUUCAACUUUCUAUAGAAGAGCGUAAAUUAUAGUUAAUGAGCAGUGCAGAGAGAGCAAACAACAACAGUAUGACAGCAGCACCAACAAAAACACAGCAAGAACAAUGGAUUGUGGAAAAUCAAGUUUUUCAGAUAUUCGACCUCUUUGCUAACCUUCCUCGCAACGCCAAAUCCGCCUUGGUGGAGCUUCAACGUGAUAAUCACCUCGAGUACCUCACCAGAGGUCUCAAACGUCUCGACCCUUCGUUUUGCGUCUUGGAUGCCAAUCGGCCUUGGCUUUGCUACUGGAUCCUUCACUCAAUCGCUUUGCUAGGGGAUUAUGUUGAACAUGAAGUGGAAAAUAAUGUCGUCGAUUUUCUUAGUCGUUGUCAGGAUCCAAACGGUGGAUAUGGUGGUGGACCUGGACAGUUGCCUCAUCUUGCAACAACUUAUGCUGCCGUAAAUGCACUUAUUACAGUGGGUGGUGAGAGAUCUUUGUCAUCAAUAAAUAGGUGGUCUGUCAUGUUUGAAGUAUCUCACUUCUUUUGCAAUUGUGCAUAUUGGAGUCAUUUCGAACCAAGUGACAUGGGUUUUAAAAUAUUUUGCAGAGAGAAAGUGUACAUGUUUUUGAAGCGAAUGAAACAGCCAAGUGGGGCCUUCAGGAUGCAUGAUGCUGGAGAAAUUGAUGUUCGCGCUUGCUACACUGCCAUCUCUGUUGCAAGUGUUCUUAAUAUUUUGGAUGAUGAACUGAUUCAGAAUGUUGGAGAUUACAUCUUAAGCUGUCAAACUUAUGAAGGUGGUAUUUCUGGGGAACCAGGUGCCGAAGCUCAUGGUGGGUACACCUUUUGUGGGUUUGCCACAAUGAUUCUGAUAAAUGAGGUUAAUCGUUUGGACUUGGCUGGUUUACUAGAUUGGGUGGCAUUUCGACAAGGUAGGGAGGGUGGAUUUCAGGGAAGAACAAAUAAAUUGGUUGAUAGUUGCUACUCAUUUUGGCAGGGAGGUGCGUUUGCAUUAUUACAAAGGUUACAUGCUAUUCUUGAUGAACAACUUGUGAAUUUUGGCCCACAAACUGGUGUAGCCUCUGAUAUAUCUGGAGGGGAAGAAAGUUCAGAUGGGACUCAAGUUGAUGAUAAGACUUGCCAUUUUAAGCUGGGAGGCACGAAUGCUUCCUGUCCAGUAAAUUUAAACAGUAUUGGUUAUAAUUUUGUCAAACAACCUGGAGAAAUGGAAGCUCUUUAUCACAGAUGGUCUUUGCAACAAUAUAUACUGUUAUGUGCACAGGACAUGGAGGGUGGAUUGAAAGACAAGCCCGGGAAGCGCAGGGACUUUUAUCACACGUGUUAUUCUCUAAGCGGUCUCUCAUUGUCUCAACAUAGUUGGUCACAGGAUGAGGAUGCUCCACCGUUGCCAAAUGCAGUAAUGGGUCCUUAUGCCAAUCUCUUGGAACGCACCCACCCUCUCUUCAAUGUUGUCUUAGAUCAGUACUAUGAUGCACAUGAGUUCUUUGACACGCCCUAAGCAAAUUUCUUACUGUUAGGUUUGUCAAUCUGCAGGACUGAAGUGUAUAAUGCAAAUGUAUACUACCCUACAAAUUGUUUCUGUUAGGUUAAGAGAAGCAAAUAUGAUCAUGAAUUAUACCAUGUAAUCAGGUAUGGUGAAUUGCAAUUUGGAAUUGAUUAACUAUGAACUUGCCAUGGGAGUGUAUUAAAGAAAUGUGAUGACAAUGGAGUACUAGUUAUUUUCAGAUUUUUAAAGAUUUA